GUGGUGGAGGUUGUGGUGGUGGUGGUUGUGGUGGUAGUGGUUGUGGUGGUGCUGUGACCUGGUCUCGUGGUCCGUACUUGCUACCGCUGGGACAGCUCAUGGAGGAGUCCACGCACGCGUUUGUAGGGUCGCUGCUGAGCACGGCUCUGCGUCACCGCAACGUGUGGUGCGUCAAGUCUCAGGAGCUCAUCAAGACGGCGAUCUUCCACCAGCAGCACCACCACCACCAGCACCACCAGCAGCACCAGCACCAGCAGCCAACGCUGGCGUGGACAAACGCCGAAGGCUGGAGACCCCUGGACCCUGGGGUGGCCACCUGGCUGCUCGACCCCACCCUGACUGCCCCCUCGGCAGGAGACAUCCUCCAGCUGCACCUGGGGCCACUCACCCUGGCCGUCAAGUGCUCGCUGAAGGUGAACCGGGUGCCUGUCGUACUGUCCCUGCUGCCAUCGCUCGGGCGGAACCUUCGCCAGAAGCUGCAGAGACAGGGGCUUUGGAAGGUCUUCCGUGACAUUGAGAUGAGAUUAACUCCAGUGUUGGCAGCAAUGGAGCUUCACGAGUUCCGAAUGGAUGUUCCCCUGCUGCAGAAGAACAGCCACCAGCUGGCGCUGAAGCUGAAGCAACUGGAGGAGCGAGCUCACCUGGAGGCUGGGGAGAGGUUCCUGCUGAGCAGCAGCCUGCAGCUCAGAGAGGUGCUGUUCUCCAAGCUCAGGCUUCACGAAUGCAGCAGCAGCAGCAGCAACAGGGUCCAGCUGCAGCGCACGGCCAUCACACAGCAGCACUCCACCUCGGAGGCCGUGCUGAUGGAGCUUCAGGACCUCCACCCCUUGCCACGUACGGUGCUCCAAUACAGACAGGUCCACAAGAUGAAGUCCACAUACUUGGAUGGACUCCUCAACUUUGUACGGAACGGCCGUCUCACCACCAGCUGGGAACAGACAGCGGCCGUGAGCGGCCGUCUGGCUUGCAAGAAGCCGAACAUGCAGGCAAUUCCCAAGCAGCCCUUCGUCAUCAGUGACCUCAGUGACCCCUUCAUCAUCGGGAAGGUGACUGACCAAAUCACGAUGCUGGCCCGGGCUCCGUUCAAAUCAGCAGACGGAUUCUCCUUUCUCUCUGCAGACUUCUCCCAGGUGGAGCUGCGUCUUUUGGCUCACCUCUCCGGGGACGCCGAGCUGCUGCGACUCCUCAGUGAGCCGGGCCCCGACGUCUUCCUCACCCUCACCGCACAGUGGCUGGGUAAGGAGGUGGACGAGGUGACUGAGGAGGAGCGCGAGAUGGGAAAGCGAACAGUCUACUCCAUCAUCUACGGAGUCGGGAAGGAGAGGCUCUCCAAGACGCUGGGAGCCUCCCCCCGCCACAGCCGCUCGCUGAUCUCAGCUUUCCUGCGACGACACCCAGCGAUCACCGCCUUCACCCAGCGCGCUGUUACACACUGCCAGCGUCACGGAUUCGUGAUGUCGGUGAUGGGACGCAAGCGAUGGCUCCCCAACAUCUCCUCCCCUGACUUUCGCCUCCGCUCCAACGCCCAGCGGCAAGCCUGCAACUUCAUGGUGCAGGGCUCCGCUGCUGAUAUCUGCAAGAUGUCCAUGAUUCGGAUAUUCACAGAACUGGGGCAGCGCCCGUCCCUCCGAGCAAAGCUGGUGGCACAGCUGCACGAUGAACUCCUCUUUGAGGUCAAGGAUGACCAGGUCGAGGUGCUGAGAGACCUGGUGAAGAGCAACAUGGAGUCUCUGCAACAUCUGGACUCAUUCGGACUCCAUCUAAAGGUCCCACUGAAGGUGUCCAUCAGCUGUGGCAAGUCGUGGGGUCACCUGACCGCCGUGACGUCAACGCCACCACCCCCCUUAGUAGCUGCUGAUGAUGCCCAGACUCAGCGAAGCCGAUCCACCACCACCACCACUACGCCACGGAGCUGCUGA